GAGAUCUUCAAAAUGGCGGCCGAGAAGGAACAGAAAAUGGACGUGGAUGAUGCUCCAGCCAAAAUUCCAGGAAUCAAGAAUUAUUAUCUCAGUAAAACUGAAGAACUACAGCUCACAGUGACAGAAAAAACACAGAAUCUGCGACGUUUAGAAGCACAAAGAAAUGAGUUGAAUGCCAAAGUUAGGAUGUUAAGGGAGGAACUUCAGUUAUUACAAGAACAAGGUUCAUAUGUAGGUGAAGUUGUCAAACCAAUGGAUAAGAAGAAAGUAUUAGUAAAGGUCCACCCCGAAGGAAAGUUUGUAGUAGAUUUAGACAAAAAUAUAGAUAUGAGUGAUGUCACUCCGAACUGCAGGGUUGCACUGAGGAAUGAUAGCUAUACACUUCACAAAAUACUUCCAAAUAAGGUUGAUCCUUUGGUGAGUCUCAUGAUGGUGGAGAAAGUGCCCGACUCAACAUAUGAGAUGGUAGGAGGUCUCGACAAACAGAUCAAAGAGAUCAAGGAAGUCAUUGAACUGCCAGUGAAACAUCCAGAGCUCUUUGAUGCCUUAGGAAUUGCACAACCUAAGGGUGUGUUACUGUAUGGGCCCCCAGGAACUGGAAAGACUCUCCUUGCCAGAGCUGUUGCCCAUCAUACAGAGUGUACAUUCAUCAGGGUGUCAGGGUCUGAGUUGGUACAGAAAUUCAUCGGAGAAGGAUCCAGAAUGGUCCGAGAACUUUUCGUCAUGGCCAGAGAACACGCACCAUCUAUAAUUUUCAUGGAUGAGAUUGACUCUAUUGGUUCUACACGUCUAGAGAGUGGCUCUGGGGGAGACAGUGAGGUACAGAGAACCAUGUUGGAACUUCUCAACCAGCUAGAUGGCUUUGAACCAAAACAAAAUAUUAAGGUCAUAAUGGCUACUAACAGAAUAGAUAUUCUAGAUUCCGCUUUACUUCGACCUGGUCGUAUAGAUCGUAAAAUAGAAUUCCCCGCCCCUAAUGAGGAGGCUAGGCUCGACAUUCUCAAGAUCCACUCUCGUAAAAUGAACCUCACACGUGGAAUAAAUCUUCGUAAAAUAGCAGAAAUGAUGCCUGGGGCUUCUGGAGCUGAAGUCAAGGGUGUAUGUACUGAAGCAGGAAUGUAUGCACUCAGGGAAAGGAGGGUCCAUGUCACACAGGAAGAUUUUGAACUAGCAGUUGCAAAGAUCAUGCAGAAGGAUUCCGAGAAAAAUAUGUCCGUGAAGAAACUAUGGAAGUAGAUCUCAGAUGUCUCUAUAGGAACAAGAAAGAAUGUGCACACUGAAUAUUUACUUUUAUCUAAAGUGGACACUAGGCAAUAUUGAAUGAUCCUAAAAAGGAUAAAUUGUAAAUUGAGGAGACAUUGACUUUAUUAUUUGACUCAAUACAGAGCCUCAAAUGUGAAAAAUGUGAGAAUUUUUGCAGUAAUUGCUUGUAUUUGGCAGUUACAAGAGUAAAGCAGAAUUUUGCCAAAGUUAUUGCUGAUAAACCUCUCCAAAGAGUGACACUUAUAUACAUCUGAUAUUACAUGCACAGUUUUAUUUCAUUUGUCAGUUUUUAAGCAAGGAAAAUGAAUCUACAUGAAAA